AUGGCUGUUCAAGGAAUGCUUCAAGCACUCACUGAGCCCUUGAAUCAAAUCAGCAUUGCUACUGUCUUGUUGGUGCUUCUCCUCGUCACCUACUUUACUCUAUCCUUCACCGAACUUGAGACCGUUGGCAAGCUGUUCCAUGCUAUCGCUACAUCUGCAAAAUUCGCAUACUCCUGCUUCUUGAAGCCUCACACUGGCGACAACACUGGCAACCAGCAGGAUGCUCUCGAAAGUUUCUACAAGACUCAGGCUGGCAUCUACGAUGUCACACGUUCCAGACUGCUCCGUGGAAGAGAAGAUAUGCUGGCUAUGGCUGCUGCUCAACUUCGCUUCCAACUUGAGCAAGGUCAAUACACCCGCAAGCCAAUCUGGGUGGUAGGUCAUUUCUGUGGUAUACGUGCAUUGGAGAGUUGUGCUAAUUCUACUUCUCUUGAAGGNGAUGUUGGUGGUGGCACUGGCUGGAACGUUGAGCAAAUGGAGAAACAUCUCUCGGUCUCUAGCUUCUUCCACGCCGUCUACCUCGUCGAUUUCUCGCCCUCUCUAUGUCAAGUUGCCAGAGCCAGAUUUGCCCGCCUCGGCUGGAAGAACGUCAAGGUCGUCUGCCAGGAUGCCCGCACAUUCAAGCUCAGCGACUACGAAGAAGGUCUCAACGAUGAGAGCGCAGUCUUCAGCAUUGGCAAGAGCGCACUUGAUGAAGGCAAUACAGUCGACAAUGUCGGUGCAGACCUUUUGACCAUGAGCUACAGUCUUUCAAUGAUUCCUGAGUUCCACCCGGUCAUCGACUCGCUCGCCAACUUGCUUGCACCCAACGGUAUCAUGGGUGUUGUUGAUUUCUACGUCCAAAACCAGAUUCAGUACCAGUCUCGCAACUACGUUGGUGGUGUGAUUGACCGUCACUGCAUGUGGAUUUCUCGUGUCUUCUGGGCUGCGUGGUUCGAAAUGGACAGAGUGUUCUUAGACUCUUCUCGUCGUGUAAGUGUUCGCUACUGGCUCUCGAGCUCAGAGACUAACUUUCGCAGNGACUACCUCGAGUACAAGUUCGGAACCAUUCUCAGCGCCAACGCUCGUAACCACUUCUUCGGCUUCAGAAUCCCAUACUAUAUCUGGAUUGGUUGUGCUAAGCAGACCAAGUCAUCCAUGAACAAACUCGCCGCUCUCGAUGCAGCCGUAACAGAAUCGCCUUUCAUCAGCGCCCUCGACCUCCAACGCAAGACAGUUGGAGGUGUACGCAGAGCUUCCUCGUCCGAGCGUCGUUCAAAGGCAUACGAGUCGGCCAUUGUCAACCUGUCAGCAAGCCUACCUCUGCCCGCAGCAUGGUACCAACAACACCAUUGGCGCAUCUACUACGACGAGCAAUUACAAAAGCACAGACAAUUUGGUGAUGAGUAUAUUUACGCCUUCACCUGGGAGGACGCUCGAGUGGAUGCCCGCCUGCUCAAGAUCACAUCCGAAGAUGUCAUCCUUGCCAUCACCAGUGCAGGCGACAACAUCCUCGCUUACGCUCUCGAACAACCCAAACGCAUUCACGCCGUCGAUCUCAACCCUAACCAAAACCACCUCCUUGAACUCAAGGUCGCUGCUUUCACCGCCCUCAGCUACACAGAUGUGUGGAAGCUGUUCGGUCAAGGCAAGCACGACGACUUCCGCUCUCUUCUUAUCAACCACUUGAGUCCUCAUCUCUCAUCACAAGCCUUUGACUACUGGCUCCACAAGGGCGAUGCCACUUUCGGCCCCAAGAGCCGUGGUCUUUACUACACUGGUGGCUCCCGCCAUGCACUGCAAUUGGUGCAAUGGCUGGGUCGCCUUCUCGGUAUUCGCGGCGAUCUCGAAAACAUGUGCAAAGCCGCAACCCUCAACGAGCAACGUGAGAUCUGGAGCAAGCGUGUGCGCAGAGUGCUGCUAUCUCAAUUCCUCAACUACACCGUCAUUGGCACAGAGAAGUUCUUGUGGAAGGCAUUGGGUGUACCUGCCAACCAAAGAGCAAUGAUCGACAAUGAUUACCUCCGACAAACCGAGCGUGCAGACUCAAAGAAGGUCACUGGCGUCAAGUCUGGUCAAGCUAUUUGGGAGUAUGCGGUCAACACUUUGGACCCUGUCGUCAACAAUACAUUGGUGUCUGAGGAAAACCCUUACUACUUGAUUUGUCUGCAGGGUCAAUAUACCCAACGCUGCCACCCUGAUUACUUGGCCCCGAGAGCACACGUCAAGCUCUCCAAGCCCAAUGCCUUUGACGGCUUGCGCAUCCACACUGACGAGUUGUGUGAGGUUAUGGCACGUAUGGCGCCCGAGACGCUUACCAUCGCUGUCCUCAUGGACUCGAUGGAUUGGUUUGACCCCGAAGGUCCUGAAGCAGACCACCAAGUCAAGAUUGUCAACCGCGCGCUCAAGUUUGGCGGUAGAGUGUUGUUGCGCUCUGCUGGAUUGAGACCUUGGUACAUUGAUACCUUUGAGAGCCGUGGUUUCACUGCUAAGAGAGUUGGUGCUCGUAUUCCUCCUGGCUCUUGCAUUGAUAGGUAUGUUGCUUGCUGUUGCCUGCUGUAUUGUGAUCUCCUUUUUUUUGCUAACACGUUAUUANNCAGAGUCAACAUGUAUGCUUCUACCUGGAUCUUGACCAAGGUUGAUGCUGUUGUCAGUGAUGAAAAUGAGCGAGCCGAAGUUUCUCUGCGAUUUUGA